AUGAACAAUUACAUUGCGAAUGCCUCCAUCGCCAGUUCGAAUGACGAAUCGCAGAAGAGCGAAUUGCAAAAGGACACUAGAGAAGACAGCCAAAGCAACAACGAAGACUUCGAGAUGGAGGAAGAGGAACGCAACCAAGAAAUCAACAUCCUGGCAAUUGGGAUAGAAAUUGACGCUUGCCGCAAGAAAGCAGCAGAAAAGUUGAUAAAGGUUUUGGAAAAACCCGAGGCUAAACUUGACGAUAUAAGAAAGGCCCAAGAAGAGGUGGCCAACACCAAAGAGCGUUGGGUGGCUUUCUGUGACGCCCAAGAGAUGAUGUCCAGCCCAUCAGCCGUUGAGGUCUUCAGGGCCAAUAUUGAGAAGAAAGCCGGAAAAUACCGAGACAACAACAAGGCAGACUCCUUCAUUCCCCCCAACCUUCCUGCCUUCCAGCUUCGUGGUGGACCAGUCCGUCAGACCAACAAGGCGCUCCGGGCACACAACCUGGAUUUUGAUCAGCACUGGGAAUGCUUGUUCUGGCUUACCUGUGACGAGAGACAACACGUCUCAUUUGAGAAGACAAGGGCCGGAAGAGGUUUGAAGUGGAAGGAGGUACGCCAGCAGCUAGAAAGCGAGCACGGUAACCCGUACCACCUGUGGAUCAAGAAGCAUGAAGUCCACUGCAUGCUGCAAAAGCCAGGAGAGCUCGUCAGAGCAUACGCGGAAAGAUUCCUGGACAGCGUUCAUGCCGCCAACCUCGACAGUAGCGACGAGCUUGUAUGGCUCUUCACCUCCAAGCUGUUGAGACCUGUAAGAGAGAAAGCGUGGCAAACACUUACGCAGCACUACGGCUUGGUUGUUUCCAAGAACAUACACCAAGUCAUACCGUUGAUUGUGGCCACUAGUGGUGAGGAGACAGACUCCCUGUUCCAAGAGGAACGGACCACAAGUGGUACCAAGAGAUACCAAGAAGACAAUCACGAGUACACCCGCAGCAAGAGAGGACGCGGUGAAUUCCGUAGAGAACGACGUGGAAACAAUCACAACAACGGAGGAUCCUGCCCUUUGCAUCCCAAGGGCAGACACAGCAAAGACGAAUGCCACAUACUCAAGAGUAUUACGAGCACGGAGAAUAAGACCUUCACACCACCAGCACCAAGACCAGCACCCCUCUGCCGUUACUGUCAUAAAGUUCCGUACUUCAACGGGCACAAAUGCCCUGAGUUUCAGUUGGCCAAAGCCAAAAAGCCGGUAUUUGCAAACCACAGCACAAGAACAGUCAACAGUGAAGAUACGCUGAAUAGUAGAAUUGAGCUGGACCUGAGCCAACUCAAUCUACAAGCACAAGGUAAACACCUUAACAUUCACCACCUCACUGCACCGCCACAUAACGACGGCUCACUCUAUGUUCCUAUAAUUGUUCAGAGUAGCCGGGUGUGGGCACUGGUGGACUCCAGAGCAAACACUUCUUUCAUUUCUCCAGACCUUGUCUCCUCUCUCUCUCUACCUAUCACUAAAUGUAGUUCAAAAAAGCAGCACAUUUAUUUAGCGUCAGAGAAUAGCUUAGCGGAACAUUUAGGCACUGUUGAGAACCUUUCAUUAUCUUAUAUGAGUCGUAAACUGAAUCACAACUUCGUAGUAAUGAGUUUAGCCUUAGGCACACAGAUGAGCAUUGGCACAGACUUAAUGCCCAGACUGGGCAUGGCAAUUACAAACUUAGCAACUACUUGGGACGAUCAAAAAAGCGAUUCAUUGAGAGAAAACACUCCAGAUGAUAUGCCAGAACCUAAUAAAUCUCCUGCUGGCACAUCUGAGGAGCAAAAACAGUUUAUGGAAGCUAUAGAACAAUCUAUCAGAUCCAACAAACUUAUUCCUAAAACAUCAUUUUGCACUAUACCAGAAUCUAUCAUCCAUAUCGACACACCAGAAGGCGUAACUUCCUACAGAAGACAAUACCCUUUACCGGUAGUAUAUGAGCCUAGAAUCCAAGAGACUGUAAACACUUGGCUAGCAGAUGUACCAUCACUCACAGAGGAUGAGCUACAAAAGCGUAUAAAAACAAUGGCAGACGUUGUGUUUCCCGCAAUCGCUGAAAGAGCAAAAGCAGUAACAAAUGCACAAAAGGGCAAGUUUGAUAAGAAAUACAGGAUGAUACAAUUCCCUCCUAAUAGCCAAGACAAACUCGUCUCACUAGAUGAAGUCCAGAAAAUUGGCAAAGAAUACUUUACAGUCAGAGCAGUAGUAGCUCAUAGAGAACUGGCUAAAGGAAAAUACGAGUACAGAGUAAGAUGGGAAGGCUACGAAGAAAAAGACGAUACAUGGCAAACGCCUGAGUCCUUUAGCAGCCCUAAACCUAUUGCGGAUUAUUGGGAUCGACUUGCAAACGCCGCACUACGCAGCCCACACCUACACGCCGAAGCAAACGCUCAAGAUGCUAACGCUCAAUACGCUUACGUACAACACGAUAACGUUCACAAUGCUAAUGCCCGAUGCUAUGCCCAAGAAGCUAACAUGGUCCCUUCAGUCUAA